AGGCGGCUGUACUUCCCUGAGCUGGAAGAGUCGGAGCAGUUUUAUCGGUCCCACAACCGGUUCCUGAAGCUGCUGUUGGCCGGGUACCGCUGCGUGGCCGCCCACUCCGAGCUGCUCUGCUACUUCAUCAUCAUCCUCAACAACAUGGUGACUGCCUCCGUCAUCUCCCUCUUCCUGCCCAUCCUCGUCUUCCUCUGGGCCAUGCUCUCCAUCCCCCGGCCCAGCAAGCGCUUCUGGAUGACGGCCAUCAUCUUCACCGAGGUGAUGGUGGUGGUGAAAUACCUCUUCCAGUUCGGGUUCUUCCCCUGGAAUGGCUAUGCCAUGCUGGUGCGCAAUGAGGGCAAGCCCUUCUUCCCACCCCGCAUCCUGGGCUUGGAGAAGACGGACCGCUACAUCAAGUAUGACCUGAUCCAGCUCCUGGCGCUCUUCUUCCAUCGCUCCCUGCUGCUGUCCUAUGGGUUGUGGGACCACGAGGAGGACCCCUUCCCCAAGAAGAAGACAGAGCGGGCGGAGGAUGAGGAGGAGGAGGAGAGCCCAGCCGCAGAGCUGGAGCCGGAGGGCAAUGCCGUGGGGCAGGAAGAGGGGGCCGAGGCCACGCAGCUCCGCUUCAGGAGGAAGAGGCUGCGGGGGAAGAAGCAGCCCGAGGCAGACGUGGAGGAAGAGGAUGGGGCGGAGGAGGAGGAAGAGGAGGAGGAGGAAGAGGCAAAAGAGAGCCAUGCUCAGAAGAAGCUGAAGGAGUUUGGGCUCCGGGUCAAGCUCUUCUUCCUCACCAUGGCGCAGAACAUGUACCAGCCGGUGCGCCGGUUCUUCCGGGACAUCCUGCACACCCAGCACCGGGCGGCCACCGACGUCUAUGCCUUCAUGUUCCUGGCCGACGUGGUUGACUUCAUCAUCAUCAUCUUCGGCUUCUGGGCUUUCGGGAAACACUCGGCGGCUGCCGACAUCACCUCUUCGCUGUCGGAUGACCAAGUGCCAGAGGCCUUCCUGGUCAUGCUGCUCAUCCAGUUCACUACCAUGGUCAUCGACCGCGCGCUCUACCUCCGCAAGACCGUGCUGGGCAAGCUCGUCUUCCAGGUCAUCCUGGUCUUCAGCAUUCACCUCUGGAUGUUCUUCAUCCUGCCAGCUGUCACCGAAAGGUUGUUCAGCCUCAACACGGUGGCCCAGCUGUGGUACUUCGUGAAGUGCAUCUACUUCUCACUCUCAGCCUACCAGAUCCGCUGCGGCUACCCCACCCGCAUCCUGGGCAACUUCCUCACCAAGAAAUACAACCACCUCAACCUCUUCCUCUUCCAGGGGUUCCGCCUCGUGCCCUUCCUGGUGGAGCUGCGGGCCGUCAUGGACUGGGUCUGGACGGAUACGACGCUGUCCCUCUCCAACUGGAUGUGCGUGGAGGACAUCUACGCCAACAUCUUCAUCAUCAAGUGCAGCCGCGAGACGGAAAAGAAAUACCCCCAGCCCAAGGGGCAAAAGAAGAAGAAGAUCGUGAAGUACGGCAUGGGGGGGCUCAUCAUCCUCUUCCUCGUGGCCAUCAUCUGGUUCCCGCUGCUCUUCAUGUCGUUGGUGCGCUCCGUGGUGGGUGUUGUCAACCACCCCAUCGACGUCACCGUCACCCUCAAGCUGGGGGGAUAUGAGGUGGCCAUGCAGUUCAUCACGCUGUACGGCUACGAGGACAUCGUGACGGCCCGCAUCGAGGGCAGCUCGGGCUCACUCUGGAGCAUCAGCCCCCCCAGCCGGGUGCGAAUGCGGGACCUGGGCAAGGGGGGGACGGUGGAGCACACCUUCGACAAACACACCACCGACCUGCAGCCCGGUGCGCCCCAACGCCUGGAGCUGGCCCAGCUGCUGCAGGGCACCCGCGACACCCCGGU